GUCAAUCGCUAGUGAGAGGUAACGUCUACUUGCCGCUUGUCAACACGUUUGCGGCUAACAGUGGAUGUUUUAACUCUUGGUUCUCAAUUUUGUUUUGAUUAAUUCAGCCAUUCUUCUGUAAAACAAAUACAUAUAGAUUCUAUUUAUUUUAAAUUUAUUCUGCACGUUAACCCUAGCAGUGUUGGAAAAAUAUACUGACUUUUAGACCACCCUGGAAGAUGCCUGUGGUAAACCCACACGAGUUCAGCUGCCCCGGGCUCCCCCCGCCACAGGGCAUGUACGACCCCUCCCUGGAGUCUGACGCCUGUGGGGUGGGGUUUGUGGUCAACAUAGAUGGACUUAAAUCACACAGGGUCCUACAGGACUCUCGCAUAAUGCUGGAGAGGAUGGAGCAUCGUGGGGCGUGUAGCUGUGACAACGAUUCAGGUGAUGGUGCUGGAGUACUCACCAGCAUUCCACAUGAACUUCUGCUUAAAGAACUCAGGAGCCAGGACCCACCUGUAGAGCUGCCUGACCUGGGCAGGUACGCCACAGGUCUCAUGUUCAUGGACUUUGACACAGCCCCACAAGCUCAGGCGCUCUUUGAAAAAUUUGCUCAAGAUUUUGGUCUACAGGUCCUUACCUGGCGUACAGUACCUGUAAACAGAGAUAUAAUAGGCAAAGUGGCCAGGUCAUCUGAGCCUGCUAUACUUCAGGUAUUUGUGGCCUCAGCUAAUGGACACCCCAAUGAUGAGAUGGAGUUUGCUAGACAGGUGUACAUGUUGCGGAAGUACGCAUCCCACCACAUCCCAGAACAGAGACUUCGCUUCUACAUCUGCAGUAUGAACUCCUCCACCAUUGUGUACAAGGGUCAGCUAAAUACUGAACAGUUGUGGAAAUUUUACAAAGAUCUCCAGAACCCUGAGUUUGUGACACAUCUGGCACUGGUCCACAGCAGGUUCUCCACCAACACCUUCCCCAGCUGGGAGCGUGCACAUCCACAAAGGAUGUUGGCCCAUAAUGGAGAGAUCAACACACUGAGGGGCAACUGUAACCUGAUGAAGGCUAGGGAGGGGGUGAUGAGCAGUAAAGAUUUUGGUGACCAAAUCAAGAAGGUCUACCCGGUCAUUGAGGAGGGCAUGUCAGACUCUGGGUCUGUGGACAACGUACUGGAGUUUCUGUGUAUGGCAGGAAACAGGUCUUUACCUGAGGCUGUGAUGACCAUGGUGCCAGAAGCCUGGCAGAAUGAUGUCACUAUGACCAAGGAGAAGAAGCUCUACUACAGGUGGAGUGCUUUCUCUAUGGAGCCUUGGGAUGGCCCAGCUCUGCUUGCUUUCACUGAUGGUCGCUACAUUGGAUCCAUCCUGGACAGGAAUGGACUGCGCCCAUCUCGGUUCUAUGUGACCAAUGAUAAUUUCAUGUACAUGUCCAGCGAAGUUGGUGUCACUGACCGCAAGCCUGAGGAGGUCAUUCAAAAGGGUCGGUUAAAACCUGGGCGUAUGCUGCUGGUAGACACCAAGAAAAAACUUUUCAUCAAGGACGAGGACUUGAAAAGUGAACUGGCCUUGCUGCGUCCAGUUGGUGACUGGCUAAAGCACGUUUUGACCAUGACAGAGCUGCGACACGUGUACAAAGAGCAGCAGGACCACUUCCAGAUCUCCGAGAUAGCCCUGCGUCAGGCGCCAGUAGGCUCAUGUAUUGAGGAGGACCCUAGGCUCUCCCUGUACUCCUACACCAUGGAUGAGAUGAACAGGCUUGUCCUGCCCAUGAUCAGAGACAAAAAAGAGUCCCUAGGCUCCAUGGGAAAUGAUGCCCCACUUGCCUGCCUUUCCCAGUUCAACCCACUUCUGUUCACCUACUUCAAGCAGCUGUUUGCCCAGGUUACCAACCCACCCAUUGACCCCUUCAGAGAGAAGAUUGUCAUGUCCCUUGCAUGUCCAGUUGGCCCAGAGCACAACAUCCUUGAGCCAGGCCCAGAACAGUGCCAGAGACUUUGGCUGGAGCAGCCCAUCCUCUCCCUGCCAGACAUGGAGAUGCUCAGAUACAUUGACUACAAGCAGUGGAAUUCUAAGGAGGUGAACAUUGUGUACCCAGUGAAGGACGGUGCCCUAGGCCUCAAGCCUGCCCUGACCAGGAUCUGUGAGGAGAGUGCGGCCGCGGCUAGGGACGGCUUCAAACUGAUCAUCCUGACUGACAGGAAAGCUGGUCCGGAAUACGUCCCAGUCAGUUCUCUGCUGGCUGUGGGGGCUGUACACCAUUACCUGAUUGAAAAGAAACUCAGGAUGAAGAUUGGUCUGAUUGUGGAGACAGGUGAAGCCAGAGAGAUUCAUCAUUUCUGCACACUGUUAGGCUAUGGAGCUGAUGCCAUUUGUCCCUACCUGACCUUUGAACUUUUGCGGAGAGUUCGCCAACAAGGACUUAUAGAUGAGCAGUUUAAUGACAGGAUCAUCUACCUCAACUUCCGUGUGGCGUGUGCUCGUGGUAUUUCUAAAGUCAUGGCCAAGAUGGGAAUAUCUACACUACACAGCUACAAGGGUGCCCAAAUCUUUGAGGCAGUGGGGCUGGACCAGGAGGUGAUAGACAUGUGUUUCAUUGGCACCCCCUCACGUGUUGGAGGCGUCAACUUUGAGAUUCUAGGUCGUGAGGCCAUCAACCGUCAUGACCUGGCCUACACGCUACACGACUGCGACAAUGUGUUGGUGAUGAACAAGGGAAACUACCACUGGCGAUCUGGUGGAGAGAAACACAUGAACGACCCCACAACCAUCGCCAAUUUGCAGGAUGCAUCAAAGAGCAACAACAAAGACGCCUACGACAAGUUUGUUGAGUCAGCCUGGGAAAGUGCCAAAAAAUGCACCCUCAGAGGUCAGCUUGACUUUGUGGGGGCCAACAAACCCCUGGACAUCACGGAGGUGGAAGAGGCCAAGAACAUCGUCAAGAGGUUUUGUACCGGCGCCAUGAGCUUUGGCAGCAUCUCCAUAGAGGCCCACACCACCCUGGCCGUGGCCAUGAACAGGAUUGGGGCCAAGUCCAACACAGGGGAGGGAGGGGAGAACCCCGAGAGGUACCUGAACGAGGACCCUGAGUACAACGCAAGGUCUAAGAUUAAGCAGGUAGCUUCAGGCAGGUUUGGUGUGACCAGCUCCUACCUGACACAUGCGGAUGAGCUGCAGAUCAAGAUGGCUCAGGGGGCCAAGCCGGGUGAGGGUGGAGAACUUCCUGGUUACAAGGUGACCAAAGAGAUAGCCAAGACUCGCCACUCUAUCCCAGGUGUUGGUCUCAUCAGCCCCCCUCCCCACCAUGACAUCUACUCUAUUGAGGACUUGUCACAGUUGAUCUAUGACCUCAAGUCUGCUAAUCCGUCUGCUCGAAUCAGUGUCAAGUUGGUAUCAGAAGUUGGAGUGGGUAUUGUUGCUUCUGGUGUUGCUAAGUGUAAAGCUGAGCACAUUGUCAUUUCUGGCCAUGAUGGAGGCACAGGUGCCAGCAGCUGGACUGGUAUCAAGAAUGCUGGGUUGCCAUGGGAACUAGGGAUAUCAGAAACUCACCAGGUCUUGACACUCAACAACCUGAGGUCAAGGGUCGUCCUUCAAGCUGAUGGGCAGAUUAGAACAGGUCGUGAUGUUGUCAUCGCUGCUCUGCUGGGUGCAGAUGAGUUUGGUUUCAGCACAGCACCUUUAAUAGUUCUAGGCUGCACCAUGAUGCGCAAAUGUCACCUCAACACUUGCCCAGUGGGCGUCGCCACACAGGAUCCUGAGUUGAGAGCCAAAUUUGCUGGGAAACCAGAAUAUGUCAUCAACUAUUUAUUUUUCCUGGCAGAGGAGGUGCGAAGCUUGAUGGCUGAGAUGGGCUUCAGAACUUUCCAGGAAAUGGUUGGACGAGUGGACAAGCUGAAGUUUAACCCUGACCCUGCCAACCCCAAGGCUGCGCUGCUGAACUUUAAAAAUAUUUUAACCAACGCGCUAGAGCUUCGACCCGGCACUAACAUAAAGGGUGGGACGGUGGGCCAAGAAUUUGAGUUGUCAAAACGUGUGGACUACAAAAUCAUUGAAAUGGCCAGAGAUGUUUUGGAUGGCAAGAGCAAACACAUCAAGAUUGACUUGCCAACUUGCAAUGAGGACAGAACUUUUGGUGCAACUCUUAGCCAUGAGAUUUCAAAACGCACAGUAGAGAAAGGAUUGCCAGAUAAAUCAAUUGAGAUCAACAUGGUUGGCUCUGGUGGCCAGAGUUUCUGUGCUUUUCUGGCCAAAGGGGUUUCUGUUUACCUAGAGGGUGAUGCCAAUGACUAUGUUUGUAAGGGUUUAUCUGGAGGUGAGGUGGUCAUUUGUCCACCUAAAACAGUUCCCCCAGGGUUCAAGUCUGAAGACAACAUUGUGGUGGGCAACGUCUGCCUGUAUGGGGCCACUAGAGGGAAGGCCUUCUUCAGGGGACAAACAGCUGAAAGGUUUUGUGUCAGGAACUCAGGGGCUACUGCAGUGGCUGAGGGCUGCGGUGACCACGGCUGUGAGUACAUGACAGGUGGGAGGGUCAUUGUGCUGGGUCUGACUGGACGCAACUUUGCUGCUGGCAUGUCGGGUGGCAUAGCCUAUUGCUAUGACAAGUUGAAAAUGUUCCACGAGCGUUGUAACAAAGAGUCUGUAGAGUUAUUGCCCCUGAGUGAAAAAGACGACAAGGAGUUUGUGUACAACCUGCUGAAAGAGUUUGUAGAAGCCACGGGGUCAGAGGUCGCCAAACACAUCAUUGACAACUGGGAGACAGAACACCAGGAGUUUGUCAAGGUAUUCCCGUACGAAUACCAGCACGCGCUAGCUGAAGUCGCUAAAGAAGAAGCUGAAAAGAAAGCUGCCAUAGAAAAGGCAGCAGCAGCUGCAGCAGUGAUGAAGAAGGAAGACAACUUUCUGGGUAUCCCAUCAGAAGGUCUCAAGAGGGCCAGUUCACUGUCAAACAUGUAUGAUGAGGAGAUAAUCAAUAAGCUGGAAGAUGAAGACGAGCCGCAACAGAAAAGGAAAUCUGUGGUUGACAUUGAAGAUGCUAUCAGAAACACCACCCAGGAGAACAAAGUCUUAGAUUUGGUCCUGGACAAGACGAGAGGUUUUGUGAAGUACAAACGUGCCACAUACCAGUACAGAGAUGCCGCAGACAGGCAGAAGGACUGGAAGGAGAUUUACAACCACAAACAAGUUAUUGAUGGCCUCAGGGUCCAGGCUGCCAGGUGCAUGGACUGUGGUGUUCCUUUCUGUACAUCAAAUCAUGGGUGUCCACUCAGUAAUCUCAUCCCCAAGUGGAACAACUUGGUCUUUAAGAAUGCCUGGAAAUUGGCCUUGGAUUAUCUUCAUCAAACCAACAACUUCCCAGAAUUCACUGGUCGAGUGUGCCCAGCACCAUGUGAGGGCGCUUGUGUUUUGGGUAUCAACACCCCGCCAGUGACAAUAAAAAAUGUGGAAAACUCAAUAAUUGACCACGGGUUUGAGAUGGGCUGGGUCAAGCCCAUUAUUCCCACUAACCGCACCGGGAGGAAAAUUGCUGUGAUUGGCAGUGGUCCAGCCGGCCUUGCAGCUGCUGCACAACUUAACAAAGCUGGCCACUGGGUUACUGUGUAUGAGCGCAAUGAUCGUGUUGGUGGUCUGCUUCGUUACGGCAUCCCCACCAUGAAACUGGACAAAAGGGUGGUAGACAGGCGUGUGGACAUCCUUGUGAAAGAGGGGAUCACAUUUAAAACCAACGUGGAGGUGGGUGUAACCGUGACAGCGAGGUCACUGCUGGAGGAGUUUGAUGCUGUCUUGUGUGCUCAGGGCGCUACCUGGCCUAGGGACCUGCCCAUUCCAGGUCGUCAGCUGAAUGGCGUCCACUACGCCAUGAACUUCCUGGAAUCCUGGCAGAAGAACCAGCAGGGCAACAAUUCAAGCCCUUACAUUUCAGCCAAAGACAAGAAUGUUGUUGUCAUUGGAGGUGGGGACACUGGCUGCGACUGUAUUGCCACAUCUCUCAGACAUGGUGCCAGCUCCAUCACCACAUUUGAAAUUUUACCUGAACCACCAGCCACUAGAGCAGACAGUAACCCUUGGCCAACAUGGCCGAGAAUAUUCCGGGUCGACUACGGCCACGAAGAGGUCAAGCUGAAAUGGGGAAAUGACCCGCGUGUCUUCAAUGUUAAAAGCUUGGAGUUUGAAGGAGAUGAGAAUGGCAAUGUUACAGGGGUAAAAACUUCUCUUGUGGAAUGGUACAAAGAUGAUGCUGGACGAUGGAAUAUGAGAGAUGUUCCAGAUUCAGAGAAAACUUACAAGUGCGACCUGGUCCUGCUUGCUAUGGGAUUCCUGGGACCAGAGCGCAAGGUUGUAGAUGAAUUAUCAGUUCAUUUAGACCCCAGGGGUAACCUAGAAACCCCCAAUGGGAAAUAUCAUACAAGCAUUCCUAGGCUGUAUGCUGCUGGAGACUGUAGGAGAGGACAAUCUUUGGUUGUCUGGGCCAUAGCAGAAGGCAGGCAGGCGGCCAGACAAAUCGAUAAAGAUUUAAUGGGACUAACCAGCCUAGCUGGGCCUGGAGGAAUCGUUAAUAAAAAUUAAAUUGUGAUUCAAUGAUUCAUCACAAGCACCCAGAGAAUGUCAAGACUACUGGUGUAACCAGUGAAACAAUUAACAAGCAACCAGGAAAUGGCAAGACUUCUGGUUUUAACCAGCAAAACAAAAACAACUAACAAGUAACCAGGGAAUCAAAAUAUAUGAUUAACACGAAGUAUUAUUAUUU